AAACCGCUUUGCUCUCCGCGCGAGAGCGGAAGACGUGCAGAGCAGCAUGGCACUAAGCGCGUGUUCUGGAGUCUAAUAUCUCGUUAUGUGUCGGCGGCGUCUGGGUCUGAUGAGCCAAGUGUCAUAUCUCACUCCACUAACCCACAUGUUUUAUGAACCUCCGCGCUGGGUGCUUAUGAGAGCUCUCUAAUCUGCCGUUGGAUUCUUUGCUUUAGCCAGCAUGGUAUGAGAUGUUAGGCUAUGGAAGAAGUGAGGAACUAUUUGAGACACUUCCCAGAGGAAGCCCGUGAGCUUUAUUUGAACGAGUCAGUGCCGUACCUGGAUGGGCCCGUCUCUCCACUACAGUUCUAUCGUGACUGGAUUGGUCCUAAUAAGCCCUGCAUCAUUCGCAAUGCCUUCAGUGACUGGCCAGCUUUGUCUAAGUGGAAUCCUGCAUACCUCAGAGAGACUGUUGGCUCUAAGGUAAUCAGUGUUGCUGUGACUCCAAAUGGUUACGCAGAUGCUGUGAAUGGAGAUCGCUUUGUGAUGCCUGAGGAGCGUCAGAUGACCUUCUCCUCGCUGCUGGACAUUAUAGAGGGCAAGGUGAAGAGCAGCGGUGUGUUCUAUGUACAGAAGCAGUGCUCCAAUCUGACUGAGGAACUGCCACAGCUAACGGAAGAUGUACAGACUCACAUCCCGUGGAUGAGUGAGGCGCUUGGAAAAUUGCCUGAUGCUGUAAAUUUCUGGAUAGGAGAGGAAAAUGCUGUCACAUCAAUGCACAAAGACCACUAUGAGAACCUGUACUGUGUCAUCUCUGGAGAGAAGAGGUUUAUUCUGAUCCCUCCCACUGACCGACCUUUCAUACCAUAUGAGCUCUACCAGCCAGCUACAUACAAACAGAAACAAGAUGACAGCUUUGAAAUAGUGGAUGAAGAGGAUUCAGAGAAAGUGCCUUGGAUCCCCCUAGACCCUCUGAACCCAGACUUGGAUCGCUAUCCAUCCUACAGGCUGGCCCGGCCACUGUACUGCACAGUCAAAGCAGGAGAGAUGCUUUACCUCCCCUCUCUCUGGUUCCACCAUGUCCGCCAGUCUCAUGGAUGCAUAGCAGUAAAUUUCUGGUAUGAUAUGGAUUAUGAUAUCAAGUACAACUACUUCCAGCUGGUGGAAUCUCUGACUGGAGCUGUGGGUUCAGUAUGAUGCCUUCACCACAGAAUCACAUCAACCUCAAAUGAUUCAAACUUUAAAAGUAUCUUAAAGUAAUCUUUUUAGUACCACUGAAAUCAGUGCCGCAUAAACGUUGUGAUGUUGUGA